ACUGAGGAGGACUGGGACAAGGUGAGGGAAGGCCCUGUAGGGAAGAGUUUGGAUAAAGCACAUCAUAAACUGGUGACAGAACUAAAGCCCGGCUUGCUGGAGAAUCUCAAAAUCAUAGAUGGUGACGGAUUAAAGGAAACGCCUGAAUAAAUCGGAUGACACAUGAUGAAUGUAGAUGGUUUCAUGCAUGGAAGAAAUGGUCACUUAAUGGCUUUAUGAAGAUUGCAUGAAUAUCGCAGUCACUAGAUCUCCAUCCAACUGAACUCCUGUUGGAGAACACCAUCAAAAAUGUCAAUUUAUUCCCUUAUUUGUAUAUUUCUCACUAUUUACAGCAGGUUACUCAAACUGACAGGUGUGGCACCCAGUAUGGGUGCUGUAGCCCAUCUGUUUCAAGGUUUGUCGUGUUGUACGUUCAGAGAUGGUAUUCUGCAUACCUUGGUUGUAACAAGUGGUUAUUUGAGUUACUGUUGCCUUUCUGUCAUCUUGUCAUCUGCCCAUUCUCCUCUGACCUCUGACAUCAACAAGGCAUUUUUGUCCACACAACUGUCGCUCACUGGAUAUUUUCUCUUUUCGGACCAUUCUCUGUAAACCCUAGAGAUGGUAGUGCGUGAAAAUCCCAGUAGAGCAGCAGUUUCUAAAAUAUUAUGGCACCAACAACCAUGCUAUGUUCAAAGUCACUUUGUUUUUGUGGGUAGAACAUCGAAGUGUUAAAAAAAAAUUCUGUUGUGUUCAGGGAGGCUUAACACGAAAAAUUAGGAAGCUGGUUUUAGACUGAAUUUAGUGACUAGCUUGAAUAACCGAAAGGAGUUCACAUGGAAAAGAUACACCUAAACAAAUUUGGAGGCACAAACUCAGGUAAAUGCUGAAAGAAAUGUGGAACAUAAUUUGUCUGUCACAUCUACAGAUUUAGUUCAUAAUCGUGCACCAUUCAGUUCUCAAAAUACAAAAAAACAUAAGUGAGAAAACAUGGGUUUCGGAAAAGCUUUAACAUCAGUUACAGUUAUGAACCUGUACAGUAAAGCAGAACUAAAAUAGUUGUUACUGUGUGAGUAUUUCUGCUUUCAGUUCAGUGGUUUUUUUGGUGCUGUUUACUGGCAGCACUUGCAGCAUCACAUCCUGUCACGUACACAAGAAAAACAUCCUCAUCUAGUCACAUGACAAUUGUCUUUUCACUGGCACUCCUUGAUCAUUAACACACACAGUAUGUGCUUCUUUCUCUGUUGAGUAGUGAGCAAACCCUUACUGUGGUGUUCCAGUUGAACAAACUGACCUUCACAAAGGCAGCAGCUUCACUGUUUGGUUUUACAUGACAUCAUCGAAGAAAUCUAAGGAGUGGUAGUUUGAAUCAGGGGAAGGGCUUCAUUUCUUUUCUUUCGGUUUCACUUACUCCUUACUUACAAUGGAGACUGAACGGCAGAAGCAGAGAAAAGAAGAGUUUCUGAAACAGCAAGAAUUUUUCAGAACAAAUGCUGUCUUGAUUAUCAAUGAAAUGGUGAAAAUGCGUAAAGAGGAAAUAGAGGGGACAGAAGCUCCUUCUCCAGCAUCUCCUUUAGUGGAUGAGUUUCUUCACAGCAUCUUCUUUUUGGGAAAAAUCAACAAUCCAGAAUUUUCCCCAGAAUGUAUUCUGGAUGAUGACGACAUACUGUUGAAGGAGUUGAAGGACAAGUACCCUCAGCCUUUUGUUCUCUGUUCUUCUCAAGUUCCCAAGCGGAGUCCAAUGUCAUAUGUGCUCAACAUGAUUGUCAAUCUGAUGGGACAAGAGAAUGAAGACACAAUAAUAAAAAGGCUGCGUGAGUUGACCAUUAAACUGAAGCCGGGUGAAACAAAGCAUCUGGUCUCCUCCACCGUCUGUGUCUCCCAGAAAAAUUCAGACAGGUACUAUGGAGUCUCCAUGUCCACUUCUGGGCCUAUUCCUGGGCGAAUCAUGAUUGCUGCGUCUUGUCUUAGCACCUGGGACAGUAAUGUCGCUGGUGCAGUGAUGACCUACUAUCCAGAGAAUAAAGAGAAGACAAAGAAGACAUAUUUUGAUGGAACCAUUAAACUUCCAGAGGAGGUCAGGUGUCAGGCGUUUAGCUUAAGUGAUCGAAAAGAAAUGCCUCCUUGCAGAUCAUGUGGGAAUUUGUUUGGUUUGACAACAAGUGAAAAUAGGGAGUGGCCCUAUGGCCACUGUGCCGAAGCUGAAAGUUUGAGCAACUUGUUUAAAAAGAAGGACGAAGAGAGAGAGCAACCACAGCCAGAAUCAGAUGAGAACAGGAAAAUGGCUACAGAGAGUGUCUUGAAAGAACUUAUAAAACUUCUGAAUAUGCAGAAAUUUAAAUGGGAUAGACAUUUCUACACCCUACAAGUUUGAUCUUUGGGGAGUUCUUACGGUCCAUUAUUAUAAAGUGACAAAAUCAUUCUUAGUGGUUUUGAUUCCCUAUCAGUAAAAACGUCUCUGUAACCCUCUAGGCAGUGAAACCGAAACUUUUUUUGUGGACCUGAAAUUCAUGUAAGCAGAGCUGUCAAUAUAUUGUGCUUUUAUCAUUAUCAUCAAAUUGUUAAUGCUCCAGCUACUCAUUACUCAUUGUAACAUUUAAGAUAUGAAUGCAUUCAUGGCAGAAUCACAAAGCCAGAUGUCUGUUAACUGUUUGAAUGAAGCAGGCAGAAGAUGCAAAUGUUGAUGUAUUGAUCAUGUUAUUCACAAUAAAUUAUGGUGGUGUAAA